CAAGAAACCCUUUUUAUGCGCAAGACAGGAAGUGCAUAGAAAAUAGCGUAUCGGUGUUUUUGACUUUGCCCAAAACAGAUUGAUGCCGAAAUAUCGUAUUUUUUUCAUUAAGUGGUAGAAGUUACAGCAAUCAUGUCUGGAACUCCAAGUGCGGAGAUAUCCAGAAGGAAUCCUACCGAUGACUUCGAUCUUUUGCAGCGAAUUGGUAGCGGAACAUACGGUGAUGUUUACAAGGCACGCAUGAUAACCACUGGAGACUUAGCAGCUAUUAAGGUUAUCAAGAUUGAACCAGGCGAUGAUUUCACAAUUAUACAACAGGAAAUUCUGAUGAUGAAAGACUGUAAACACCAGAACAUUGUUGGUUAUUUUGGAAGUUACCUCCGUCGAGAUAAACUAUGGAUUGCCAUGGAAUAUUGUGGUGGCGGAUCACUUCAGGACAUCUACCAUCAAAGUGGUGAACUCACAGAAUUGCAGAUUGCUUAUGUCUGUAGGGAAACAUUAACAGGUCUUGCAUACAUGCACAACAAAGGAAAAAUGCAUAGAGAUAUUAAGGGUGCAAAUAUAUUACUGACUGAUCAUGGAGAUGUCAAGUUAGCUGAUUUUGGAGUUUCUGCACAAAUCACACAAACAAUAGCCAAAAGAAAAUCAUUCAUCGGUACCCCAUACUGGAUGGCUCCCGAAGUAGCUGCAGUUGAGCGUAAAGGAGGCUACAAUUUCCAGUGUGACAUCUGGGCUGUUGGCAUCACGGCUAUUGAACUAGCAGAGCUUCAACCUCCAAUGUUUGAUCUGCAUCCAAUGAGGGCAUUAUUUCUCAUGUCUAAGAGCAAUUUUGUUCCGCCAAAGUUGAAAGAUUCACAGAAAUGGUCAAAAGAAUUCAGAGGAUUUAUUAAAUGUGCGCUAGUGAAGAACCCUAAGAGGAGGCCCACUGCUGAUGUCCUUCUGAAGAAUCCAUUUUUCACAGUAUCAAAUGAGUCACUAAACAGAGAAUUAGCAAAGAAAUUGCUAGAAAAAGUUAGGAACUCUAAUCCAUCCUAUGUACCUGAUGUAGAUGAGGAGGAAAUACAAUUUGUACCUCAACGUGUAUCUUCAAAACACAGCGACCGACGAGAUCGACCUAUAUCUGAAAUCAACUUGGACAAAGUUAGGCAAGCUUUGCCCCAAGACAUUCCACAAGAGACUGAUGAACACAAUGGCAGUAGUAGCAAGGAAGAGCAAAACGGCUCCUCCACGGAAUAUAAACCAUCACCACAAAUUAACAACAGGGAAAAUAGGAAGUCAAGACGAAAAGUAUCCAUAUCAAAUUCUUCUAAAUCAUCUUCAUACAGAAGUCUCCUUGAAUCCGUUGAAGAAGAAUUAACGAAACGGGGUCACACAGGUUCAAAACUUGCUGAACUUGAAGAGAAAUCUGAAAGCAAAGAACCAACUACUGAGCCUCUACCGAUUGGCUAUACCUCAAGAGAAACCUUGCCACAAAGUGGGGAGACUCCACCACCGCUUCCACCAAAGAAGUCGAUUAGCAGAUCAUCAGCAGCGUCGCAUCAUAAUGGCAGCAUGCAAGAUCACAGGCCGAGUUCAUCGGCCUCCGGUACGUCAAGUGAAUCUUCUGCACGAGUUCCUCAUCCAGUAUUGAAUGGCUUAGCACCAACGAGCAUUGGUGAGAGCAUGGAAGAUGGAGAAGAUUCAAACAGCGCUCCUAAGGUUCCACCAAGGAAAGUUAUAAAUCGGUUCCACACGAGGGAGCCCUGUUCAGAGAGUAGAGGCCUACCUAAAACGCCAAAAGUACCUAUGGGAGCCUGUUUCUCAAAAAUAUUCAAUGAAUGUCCAUUGAAUAUCCACUGCUCAGCAAGCUGGGUACAUCCCGAGAAGAAGGAUCAAUAUGUACUAUUUGGUGCAGACGAAGGCAUAUAUGCUUUCAACCUCACAGAAAUCCAUGAAGGUGUCAUGGACCAAAUUUUUCCAAGGAAGACAACAUGGAUUUAUGUAGUAAACAACAUGAUGAUGUCUCUCUCAGGAAAAGCACAAUAUAUAUAUUCACACAAUUUACUAGGCAUGAUUGAUAAAAACCCUCAUCGAUUCCACAUGCCUGGCAAUUUGGGUGAUAAAUUGCAGAAAAUUCCAGACAAACUGAUUCCAAGAAAGUACUCACUGAGCCAUAAAGUCUCAGAUACAAAAGGCUGUACCCAUUGUUGCGCAGGUAAGGAAGGGCUUAAGACUUAUUCACCAUCAGUACUAAUAACUGAAUAAAUACAGUUCUUUGAUGGUAAUAUCUCUUCUAUUUAUUGUGUUUAGAUAUUUGAUUGUAUGUUGCCAUCUGAUCUCAAGAUAUUUGAAAUGUUAAUCAAACCAGAAUCUGAAUAUCCGAUAGUCUGCAUUGGUGUUGCAAGGGGAGCUGAUCGGAGACACCUUUCGUUUGAUAUAAUAAACUUAAAUUCAGCAUCAUGCUGGUUCGUAGAGCACCCUCCCCAAGACAACCUCCUUGACGUGGUAACGGUCUCUCAACUGGAAAAAGACACUGUCUUAGUCUGCUCUGAAAGAAUUGUACAAGUUGUGAAUCUAAAUGGCAGGCCAAAAUCCAGCAAAAAAUUGUCGGCAGAAUUGCACUUUGACUUCCCAGUGGAAGCCCUAGUUGUGUUACAGGAUAGUGUACUAGCAUUCCACAAAAAUGGCAUGCAAGGAAGGAGCUUCAAAACAAAUGAAGUGACUCAGGAAAUUUGUGACAAAUCAAAGAUGUUUACUUUGCUAGGAUCCGAAAGACUAAUUAUCCUAAAGAGCAGUCAGACAGACAAUAAUGAAGGAAAGUGCAAUGUCUACCUGUUGACCGGUCAUGAAAAUACCAUGUGAGAAUCGCGACGUAUGUUGUCUCGCACAGUUACAUAUACUAUUUCAGGAUUUUGUACAGUCUUAAGGUCACAUUCAUAUCGCUGGAUCUAAACAGUAUCACUCCAAGUUGUUUGACUCACAUUGCUUACUGUCGUUUAUCCAGGAGAUUGGUCGGUGUCCAUGUAUAUACCCAGAUCGCAAGGUUUUCCCUUGAUAUAGGAAAUAUACUGAUUGGAAAAAUCGCUGUUUAUACGGUUAAUUUCUAUCAAAGUUCUUCUUGAUGAACUGUGUGAUUUGAGUCUUCAUUCUAGAAUUAAGAAAGCAAAGAAGAUAAAUUAUAUGUACAUGCAGAUUACUAGUGUUUUUGUAGCUUUGGAGUAUCCUAUGCUGAAAGCAACCAGUGACUUCUCAGCAAAUACCAACCACAGAGGUAGUCAUCAAUAAUCAUAAGAUAUCUAUCCAUACUUAGCAUAUCAUCCAUAUUUAUCAACUGAUAAUAAUAAUGAUAAACUUGUUUUUUACUGCAUUGCAAUUUUGUAAUUGAAAGUUUUGAUAUUUUUCAAUCCAAUACUUUGGCCACACACAUCAAAAGAACAUCAGUGUUGUGUAUACUAAGAAGCAACUUCAUGAAUAAACAUUUUCAUGAAUGUGUACUGUGAAGUUGAGAUGACACAGAUGAAGCUUAACCAGAUUAGUUGUUCGAGCUUCAAAGAUCACUGACCUGAAAUUAUUUAUUGUAGAGUCAGUAAUUCAAAUAAUUAUCAAAUUACAAAUAAUAAUAAUUAUAUAAUUAAUAAUAAUAAUUAUAUGCCUGUGUGUCAGAUAUGCCAUUGUUAUGUUGAAAUUCUAUGAAACAAUAGGAAAAGAGAGAAGAAAUACAUUAAAUCCUGUGUGUAAAUAAUGUUUAUGAGGUUGAUGGGAAAGGACUGUCUUUAUUGAUUUUCUUAGUGACAUUAGUUUAUUAUAUUCAUUACCAAAUAUUAUUUCUUAUUAAUAGCAAUAUUAAAAUUAAUUGUAAAGCAAUACAGAAAUCAGAAGCAUCAUUUCAGUGAAAGAAAAUUAAUGUUUGAUGUGACUUGAGUAUUCAUAAAGCAGUGUUUUAAUUUAUGCAAGGCAAUUCCACGUAAUGAUAGAUUGUUUUGAUGUAGUAGAGAAUUACUGCCUUGAAGAAAAUUUGAAUAUCAGCUUAGCCUCUUAGAUCAGUUGGUAAUCAGACAGUUGGAGAUUUGAAUUCCGAUUGAGACGUGCUGUUUUCUUAAAAUGAUUUAACAUGAUUAAAUAAUUUAAUUUAGCUUCAAGCAUUAAUACAUAUUUAUACAAGUUCAUAAAAGUUCGGUCAGUGGAUAAAAUUUGACACCGGUAGCUAAUCUGCUAAGUCAAGCUUAACUCAGACUUGCAGCAUUCCAUUCUUCUCUGCAUCAAUAUAAUAGUGAGCUUUCAGUUGUGCAUUGACAGAUUCACUCAUUUAUUCUCAGAACAUAGAUUUUACCCAAGAAACAUCCCAGAAUUUUGACAAUGAAACUCAAAAUCUUUGCAAGCGCAAAUUGCUUUUUUCAAAUAUUACCAUCGUCACACAAUUAUAAGAUCCCUAACUGGUGACAUGCACCCUCACUGCGAUCCAUUGCUGAUCUUUCAUCCACCCUCCUUGCGGGCCUCCAGACAGGAGUAGAUGAUACUUCUUUCUUUCUUGUUCAUAAUGUUUGUUAGUUUCAUCCUUAUUGUUUCUCAUAUCUUUGUAUCCUUGGCUUGAUUUCUAUGAACCUGUAUACAUAUGUGUGAUGAAACAUAUUUAUUAUUUCUUUAAUCUUAGCUAAUAAUAUGAUCCUCUAUAUGUUAACCAUGAAUCUGUAUAUUUAUUUGCUUGUUUGCUUAUUUAAUAAAAUGACAUGGAAUUUGUGAGCUCAUAGCUCUGAUUUUAACUUUACCUUCAAUCUACCUUUAAACUUGUAACUUGCAGGAAAUUGGUAUUUUUCAAGAAAAAAUUAAUACAUAUAAUGUUGUUGAAUUUAUAUAAUGCAAGUUUUAAAAACUUACCAACCACUCAAUAAUAUUGGUAAUAGAAAUUAAUGGUGUUUAAGAACAUCAUCACUGCGCAUAAGAAAAUAAUGUCCAAGAUGACAUAAAGGCAUUCUGGACAUGUUUUGCCAUAUAUGGUCAACAUGCAUAGGAUAAUCUGACCAUAACAUUAUUGCAUACAGGAAUGGAAAAAUCUAGCCAUGUAAGGCAUACAGCCAUAGGGAAAUUCCAUGAUAUUUGGAUACACCUGGUAUAUAUGGCAUUGGGAUGUUUCUACUACUGUAUAUGGAAUAGUGAUAUUACUACCAUAUACAGUAUAUAUUAAUUGGGAUACUCUUUGUAUAUAUGGCAUUUAGAUAUCAUAUCAUGUAUAUUGAAUUAUGAAACUCCUGUAUAAUCAGUUGGAUACUCUUGGCAAUGGGAUGGGAUACUUCUACCAUAUAUUGAAUUUGGAUAUUCCAGCCAUGUAUAUAUAAUCAUUGGAAUACUCCCAUCAUAUAUGGCACUGGGAUACACUGGGAUAAUCAUUGUGACCUCAUGGCAUUGCCAUAAAUUUACCAUAUAUGGUGUGAUAUAUAAUCAUUGUACCUGCCAUAUAUGGCAUUGUGAUACUCCUGAUAUUCACAGAAUUAAGAAAUUUAGUAAUUUUUGUGUUAAAUUAAUCGGAGUAAAGAUAAUUUCACAUUUAAUUAUAAUUGAUUAAACAUUAUAAUAUUUUCUUUUGAAAGUAAACUGGAAGGACACAUUUGCUUAUGUGCGCGUGUAUGUAUGUAUAGUAUGUGUGUGUGUUUACUGUGUGCGUGUGUAUAGAAAUAAUGUUUAUAAGAAGGCUGUUGGAAUAUGGCAGUAAAUAUUCAUUUAUACAGAUGUAAAAUAAUUAGAUUUAGGUCAUAUGUGGUUCAAAUGCUACUGUUGGAUAUACAUAGAUUUACAAAGUGAUAAUCUGGAAUAUGUGCUUUAACAGUGUUCUCAAAAUGAGGUUGGUCUGUUAAAAUAAGUCUUCUGUAAAAUACUUUUCAUCUAAGGAUAUCCUAAUAAAUGACCAAAACAGAAACAUUUGGGCUUUUAUUUUAGUUACAGAUUAUUGUCAUAAACAGCAUUUAAAUAAUUAAUUUGUUACUUUAUAGAAAAUAUUUAGAUUAUUUUAAAUAGUUUCAUUUAGAAAAAAAUUUCUAAAAUUUAAUGAAUUGUAGAGUGUGACAAUUUAUAUUUCUCUGAUUUUCAUAUUUUUUAUUAGGAACUUUAAAAUCUAUACUAUGUAUAUUGAAUGAUAAUUGCCUAAAUAUGUAAAGCAAUUGAAAUAUUUUAUUUGUUUUUACAUUUGUUAGGUCAAUACAUUUGACAUUUUGUUGUAUUAACAAGAUUUUUUUCAUCUAUUUGUUGUUUAUUUUGCUUCAUUAAUCAUCAAUCUACGAAUUUAUUAACUUGUAUAAUGCCAAAUUCAUUAAUCAUGUAUAUUAAAAACCUAGAAAAGAUUUUUGAUGGUUGUCAUUUUUUAAGAAAAAAACUUGUCAUUGGAUAUUAUUUUGACUAUUUUCCAACAGCCUUCUCCAUUUUGUACUACGUUAGGGAGUAUGUAAUAUAAUUCUGUUUGCCCCCCUAAGUUGGUGUAAAAAUGUACUAAAUAUAGAAAUGUUUCAUAUUGCAAAUAAAUAUGUCUUUACAAUUCCUGUUUCUGCAUUGCGUUGUUUUUUUAAUUAGCAAUCCAUGUGGUUAUAUGAUUUUUGUAUUUAUAUGAAGAUUUAAAAAAUAUUGAUAAAAUAAAUAAUAUUAAUUUCAUAUGCUAUCUUUGUAUUAAAUCCUUGCUGAUUUUAGUCUGUACAUAUAUGUAACUAAUAUUGUUUUUUGUUUUUUUUUUACUAAUGUGUAGAAAUUUGUAGUUAAAACCAAAUUGCAGAUAUGUUUUCUUUACUUCAUAAUUUAAUUCGCCUUUAUAUAUACUUAAUGAGUGAUAUCAGAGUUAUAAGUAAAUCAAGUUUAGGGAUUCCUUAGCUUACGUAUGUGAUGUUCCGCAUUAUUGUCAAAUAAAAUAUAUCAAAAUGUAAAGAAAAGACUUUUUAUAUGUAUCUAGAACAAUAGACUUUUUUUUCCAAAAAAUGGAAAAUUAUAAAGUUCGUCAGAGGAUGGAAAUAAGGGCUAUGUAUUAUUGUUAAGGUUUUUGGAUUUUGAUGAGUUAUUGACAGCAGCAAAACUAAAGGUUGUCUUUGGCCUUAUUAGAAUAAAAACUUUGUGACUAA